GAUAUGCAUCGAGGUGGUCGGUUUUCCCGGCCAAACGGCGACGACCCUCCGUUGUCGUUCAUUCGCGUAGGCGGAUUCUCCCUCUCUCUUUUUCUCUCUCUCUUUCUCUCACUUUCUCUCUCUCUCUCUCUGUCCGCGGAAACGAAAUUAUCGUCGGUCAUGAGGGAGAAUCGCAAGUUUUUUGUACGAGUAUAAUUUCUGAGUGUACGAGAUCAUUAAUUAUCGCUAAAUUCAAAGUGAGAAGAUAUCCCCAUCGAUUUCCUCCGGACUCUCGAUCUCCUUCGGCGGGGGAUAAAUAUGAAGAUCGGCUCUUGAGUUUAUCUCCAUCAGCGCGAUCCUGAGAUGGACACGUUGUUGGACGUUAUGACAACAUAGAUAUAGAUCCGGAGACGCAAUGUGGUCGACAGAUUCACUUGAAUAAGCGCCGAGAGAGACUUUCCUUCUCUUCUCCAGGAAGAAAUAUCCGGAAAAAGGAAUAAAACACGCGGGAAAAGAAGGAAUGGGCCCUUGGGCCUUCGGCGUACCUCUCAUCCUCGUGUCAACUCUGGGUCUUCUCCUGAAUGGCUACGUUCUUCUUGUCGUUCUUGGUCUUGGUAAACAGACGCAGCAACAGCAGACGGCGAACACUUUAUUGCUGAUCCAUUUGGGCGCCGUGGAAGCGGUCGUGUGCCUGAUAUUGCUGAUUUUCACGACCAGUUCGUGGCCGAACGCCGGACCGUGGUGCGUUUUCCACGGAUUCCUCUUAGCUCUGCUACAUCCAGUCGCUCUCUGGACCGUGACCGGGUUAAAUUGCGACAGGUAUUACGCGAUCGCUGCACCCCUGCAUUACGCCGCUUUGGUCUCUCCGCGUCGCGUGGCCGUAGGAUUGGCUGCUUCUUGGACGGGUGCCCUGCUUCUGUGUUUACCGCCGUUCUCCGGUCUGGUGCCGCCUUAUAGUUAUAGUCAAGGGUUGGGCUGCUGCGUCCCGGAUUUCGGAAACCGCACUUGGGGAUUCGCUGGGGCGCUCUACGGCGCCGUUUACGUCAUUCUGGGCCUGGGUCUGCCGGCCGUCCUCGUGACGGUCUGCAAUUUACGUGUGUUGACUAUAGCGCGGUACCACAGGCAUCGUAUCGCCAGCGCGAUCUACGAGGUCACCCUGAGCGCCCAGGUGACCAUCACCCAUCAGCGAAAUCCGUUUUUUGUGCCAACUGUCACCGCGCCGUCCGCGGGAGGACCGCCGCGUUUUCACAGCGCCGCUAGCACGGUGAUGCAGCUGGUCGGCUCCCUGUACCUGCUCUACUUUCCUUAUUGCGGAUUCAUCCUCUGGGAAGCUUGCAACGCCGGUAAUCAGCGUCUCUAUGCCUACCCUAGUCUCGCGUCCUCUCUGGUGUUCCUUCUUCUAGCGUGUUCGCCACCUGUCAACGGCCUUCUCUACGGCUUAAAGUCGCAGACUCUGCGACGUUCCGUGCAAAACUACUGGAGGAAGAAGGCGACCAAGUCCGAGUUGCAACAGGAGAUACAGGCAAGAACGCCGAGCGUAGCCGGCUCCAGACGACCUUCGGGCAGCGGGACCGUUUCCUUCUUUCCGUUUCCGCCCUUACAACGUAGGCUCAGCGAGGCGUUGCUGGCCCUCGGCUCGUGCAGAACCGGCACUAGUUUCGAAAGCAAUAAUCUCGGAUUUCAACGAGGCAGGCUGCAGCCAGCCGUCUCGUGCAAUACUCUCAGAGUGCCAACCGCCGAAUCAGAUGAGCCCAGCAAAUUGGUGAGGGCGAGCGCGAGUGCCGCCAGUCUGAUGGGUCCCAACUAUCGGAGCGACUUUAUCGGAAUGGACUUGGGCGCGGGAUGCUCCGUAGCAAUAUGCGAAACCCCGAGGAAGAGUCCGAGGAUCCUCAUAACGCGCGCGUACAGCGAGGAGAGCCAGGACGGGAGCAGUCCGCUUCUGAGAAAAUCCCCCAAUUCCAAUACUAACCCACCGCCCGAAAAACGCCGAUGGCGGGACUGCAGCACCGGAAGCGACAGCAGCACGGGAAGCAGCGACGCGAGCGUCUGGACCACCAACGUCACCCCGAAGUCCGUCAAGGGUAGCGGAAGGAAUUCGUCCCGACGACAUGCACGUGGCAAGAAUGUGGAGGAAAACGCGCCAGCGAUCAGGGCGACCAACAAUAGCGAGAGCAGCGAUACCACGGAUACGACCACAGUUACGACGACCACCACCACCCUGCUCAAGUCUCUCGGCAUAGAAAAUGGCGGGAAGGAAAAGGAGAAGGUGAACGGUAACAUUAAGAAGAGAGAGUUCAGCGGGAGUGAAAGCAGUUGGAGCAGCGUCGAGGAGAUCGAGACUAAGGCGACGACUGAAAGAACUGACAAGGACGAUAAUCUCGAAAGGGAAGAGUUGCAGAUGGAACCUUCGCUGCGAAAGUCAAAAAGCGACAACCGCAGCGAGGUUGCCGAAAUUUCUGAGGACCGAGGCGAGGAGGCUACGCAGCUGAGGCCCCUCCUGACAUCCUCAUCCUAAGUUUAUCUUUUUAAAUCUAAAUGUAUUUUCCUUUCGAGUAAUCCGUUCGUGUCCCCAGACUAAAUGAGAUUCUGCGUGUACUUAAGCGACACCGCUUAGUUUCGUAAUAGGGAUGAAAGAGAAAAAGAGAGCAUCCAAUCAUGACUUAUUUCGCGAAUUUGCAAAAAUGAAAAGUUAACCGGUUAAUACUGCGACGCAGCAAAUAUUUUAAUAACUUGUAUUUAUCGACACAAAAGCGAAGAGGGGUGAUAUACUUGAGGAAUAUAUAACUCGUCCAAGCCGUAUAUUUUGUACCGCGAAAGGUAUGAUCUCGAUUAAUUUCUUACACGUUCUAAUGAGAAGUAGAAAGUUUUUGAAGCGAACGAGAGGAUUCGGCGCAGCCUUUACACUCGACAUUAAUACAUAUAAAAUAUAUAGAUAUAUAUCGACAUAUCUUGAAAUUAUAUUUUUGUACCUUCACUCUGCAACAUUACAUAACGCAACGACGUGAAACCAUCCUUUACAACAAAGAAGAAUGAAACCGAUUAAUAUACCACCGGCAAACUUGAUUUCGGAAAAUUUUUGUUCACUCGCUUGAUGCGCUAUAGAACGAAGAAGAGAAUUAAUUAUUGAUCGUCCCCGAUCAUUAUCGAUGAAAGUUUUGGGUCAGCGACGAAUUCGCGCGAGAAUUUCGUCAAUCACGAAACUUCUGAUCCAGUUUAUCUUUAAUUUGCCGAAGCAAGAGUCAUAGAAACUCGAGCAGGAGCGAAGGGAGAAAUAACGAACGGAAGAAUCAGACACCCGAGAAAGUUCUUUUGAUAGAAAGCGGUAACAAUAAAGAUCGAAGCAAAGGUGCGAGCUCCGAAGAAAUGUUCAAUGUAAAAUUCGCAGAUCGAGCGCGGAAUAAAAUUUCAUUCGUAGAAAAUAAAUCUCACUUUUGUAAAUGUCAAAUUUCGCUCGAUAUGUAGUUACGAUCGUAUGAAAUUCCAUGGCCCUUUCAUGAUCUCUGACAUCUACGCGAGAUAUAAUAAAUAAUGUUAGUAAUUUAGAUAAGUCAACAAUUUAGUCGAUAGCGAUAGUAGCCGCAUUGGAAUUGACUCCAAAAAAUUGCGUAGAAGCAUAUAUGUAUAUGUGCAUACAAACAUCCAUGUAAACAAAAUAUCUCGACGUUCUGUGGGCGUUUGAUUGCGGUGUUAUUUAUAUAUGAUAUACGUCAAGAACGUUUACGUUUUGAUUUGUUAGGAACGCGCGAGAAUCGAUCCGUAUUCGCGUAUUUUAUUUAUUCAUACCAACUACAAACUAAUCAUUCCGAUUGUACAUAGGAUAAAAAGAAGAUGAGUUUUCGUGCUAAAAUAAAUUUGAAACUGUAAAAUAAAAAAUAAAACUUCGUAUCAGCUUUCUUUAAUUCGAGGAAGUGAAAAAUUGGAAAAUCGAUUUAGCAUAUUUACGUUUUUUUAAGCUUGAAUAAUUUUUAAUGAACUGGAGCAAUUCAUCAUGAAAUUUAUCUCGACAGCAGCUAUUAAGAAAGAAUGUGAAUAAAAAAGUGCGUAUAAAACAUGUGUAUAGAGAUACAUUUUCUAUUGAAAGAAAUGAAAUUGAUCUUGAUGCUUUAUAUAGAUAUAACAUAUAACUCUUCAAUCAUUUAUUUCGAACUUUAUUAAAUGGAAUAUUGUACUUUUAUAUUAACUUUUUUAAUCAUUUCUGUUAAAAAUUAAUUCGCUCAAAAACAAAGCUUCAUACGGAAAGUAUAGGUAUAAUAUUUUACGUUUCUGAUUAAUUUUUGCACGAAGACUUACUUCUUUUUCUGUUAUAUUAGAUUUCUCUUGUAUAUUUAUACAUAUAUAAUUCCACCGUCCGAUAAUAUAUUGAUAUUG